UCGCAAGGGAUUUGGAUGGGAAGUUGUAACGAAACGGAAGAGACUAUAUUGCGAUUUGGAAUUGAAGGGGAAGAUUUGGGCCGCCCGUGGGUUGGGCUGCUUAAGCUGGGCCGCGCGUGCGUUGCGCUGCUUAAGCUGGGCCUCCCGUUUGGUUGGGCUGCUUCCGCUGGGCCGCCCGUGGGUUGCGCCUGCUUAAGCUGGGCCUCCCGUUUGGUUGGGCUGCUUAAGCCGGGCCACUUCUUCUGUUCUCAAGACCCUUCUUCAAAACCCUACUUCUCAAGAAAGAUGAAUAGCUUCUUCUCAAGAACGACUCACCCGCUUACCAAGGUUGCUGGCUUUGCUGUUGGUGUCGGCGUGGUAUCCUCGGUUGUAAAUGCCUCUAUGUACACCGUCCGCAUGGGUGAACGAGCAGUCAUCUUCCAUCCAUUUGGAGGUCGUACAGACAACACCAUCGUCGGUGAAGGAACUCAUUUCUGCAUUCCAUGGCUUCAAAAGCCCUCUAUAUUCAAUAUUCGUGUUCGACCUUACACUUUCAGUUUUGUUUCCAAUACAAAGGAUCGUCAAGAGGUGAAUUUGACGGUGCGUGUUCUCUUUCAUCCUGAUAUCCCUUACCUCCCACAUAAUCAUCAAACUCUCCCUUCUAUUAACCAUAAGGAUCUGGAUGCUGUGGUCUCCAAAUUCACCUCUCAUGAGCUUGUGGCUAACUUGAUGGAUGUCUCCGCUCUUAUCCGUGAGGCACUGGCUGCCAGGGCUACAGAAUCACAUAUUGUCUUAGAUUACGUAUCCUUCACCAAUGUCUCCUUUAGUCCAGAAUUUUCCAGGGCUUGCGAGUCCGAGCAGGUUAGUAAGUUUGCAUCAAAGCAUCAAAAGACGCCCGAGUUGAAUGAGAUUUUUGAGGUUGCUCCUAGUAAGAAUAAUAAAGCAUCCUCAGCAUCAGAAUCUUUCAGCCCCAAUCUCUACCCUGGAGAUCGAUUUCCUAUACCCUUAAGCAGCGCAACCCACGGGGCGGCCCAGCUUAAACAGCCCAGCCCACGGGCGGCCCAUCACGAGUAGCCCAGCCCAGUGGCGGCCCAGCUUAAGCAGCCCAGCCCACGGGCCGCCCAGCUUAAGCAGCCCAGCCCACGGGCCGCCCAGCUUAAGCAGCCCAGCCCACGGGCGGCCCAGCUUAAGAAGCUCAGCCCACGGGCCGCCCAGCUUAAGCAGCCCAGACCACGGGCGGCCCAGCUUAAGCAGCCCAGCCCACGGGCGGCCCAGCUUAAGCAGCCCAUCCCACGGGCGGCCCAGCGUAAGCAGCCCAGCCCACGGGCGGCCCAGCGUAAGCAGCCCAGCCCCCCGGCGGCCCAGCUUAAGCAGCCCAGCCCCCGGGCGGCCCAGCUUAAGCAGCCCAGCCCCCGGGCGGCCCAGCUUAAGCAGCCCAGCCCACCGGCGGCCCAGCUUAAACAGCCCAGCCCACAGGCGGCCCAUCACGAGCAGACGCAACCCACGGGCGGCCCAGCUUAAACAGCCCAGCCCACAGGCGGCCCAUCACGAGCAGGCGCAACCCACGGGCGGCCCAUCAUUUUCGUGUUUAGUUAUCAAAUUACUAAACAAAUUUACUUGAAAUCAUUAUUUUUCUUUUAGAAUAACCGGAUAAAUUGUCCCUAUGGUAGUUUUCCUUGUUGCGGAUAAUUUGUCCCUAUGAAGUUUCCUUGGUGGGGUUAUUAUAAUUUUGACUAUCUAGGUCUACUGAAUGAGAAUUUAGAUACACUACAAA